GGUGUUAAUUAAGUGUUUGCUAUUCGAAAGUACUCCCCCCCACGUCAUACAGUGAACCAGUAAAAAUGGAAUUACCAACGCAAGCGCAGCAAGAAAUGCUGCAGGCUUCUGAAUUUAAACUGAAACGAUCGCUAGAUUCUGGACAAUUGUCUGUAUUACGUCCGGAACCGAAAUCCAUUAUAGAAAUUCACAUCUCGAAUGAUGACGUAAAGAGGCCCUGCUUAGAGACACAGGUUUCAGAAUCAGAGAAUUCUCUAGAAGAUCAUCAAAUCAUCCAUAAUCUGCCUCAAGAGGCAGAAAGUGUGCCUAAUGAACAAGAUGAACAUGAAGAAAAUGGUAAAGGGGAACCAAUACAGGCGACAAGUGAAGUGACUUUAGUUCUGACUGCCGAAGAGCUGAGAUUAGAUAAAGAAUAUCGUAAAAGUUGUUUGACCUUUCGUCAGCAUUUGCCCUGCUUCAAACUGCAACCACCACCAGCACAAGAAUCUAGUGAAGAUGAUAACACUGCGGUCAUUGAACCCAUACCCAAAUGUCGGGAAUGUCGCAGGCGGAGCUUGGCCACAGCCAGCAGUGAUGUCUAUUGCCGAUUCUAUGAGUUUCGUCGCUUGCAAUAUAAUGAGAAGGGUCAUUUGAUUGUGGUUGGAUUUCCGAAUCCGUAUAGCGAACCAUCAGCCGUAGAUUUGGCCAUUUGGCAACCAGAUGAACAGACGGAACCAACCAGCGGCUUCAUGGAUAUUCAAGUCUGUCGUUAUAUCCUUUUACAUGCUGGCGAUCAAUUUUGUUAUUUGUGGCGUCAAGAGGCGGAGGCAUUGAAGUUGCACGAAAAUCCGGAUGGAACAAUUGCUUGGAAGAAGGCCGUACAGGGUAUACGUGAGAUUUGCGAUGUUUGUGACACGACAUUAUUCAAUUACCACUGGACGUGCAGGAGUUGUGGAUUUGGUGUAUGCCUCGAUUGUUUCAAAGAUCGUAAAGAGGGCCAACCACGAGUCGGGGCAAGGCGCAAGAAUGCUGGAGGUGGGCAAAAGGGUUGCGAUGAGUAUCACUGGCUAGUGUGCACCCAUCCAAGUGGUGGACCCAACCAGCAGCAUGUUCUGGCCGACUUAAUGCUCACUCAGAUAAUUGCUGGCGAUGCUCUUAAUGUCUUGGGUCGACUAAUGCACGAAGUGCGGACGUUGUGGCAAGUGCCACAGGUUUGUGGCUGCUUAUUAAGUAAACAAGAGAUUAAAGAUUCACAAUUGGAUGAUCUCAUACAAGAUAUGAUCAAAGAGUCGCAACUGAAGCAGCAUACAAGCUUGUCAUCAUUGGCCAGCGAGCAGAAGUUGCAUCAGCAACAGAAAUUGGAGGAAUUGCAUUCAAAGAAACUGGAGUUUGCACGAGAACGUGGCAUAGAUUAUGUCCCUGGGCGGGUUUGGACCAAGGAAACUCUGGGAAAAGAUCCGAUAACUAGUGCAUUUGAUAAUUUCAAACAUAUUGACUUUUUGCGCAAGGGUUUGGCUGGUCUCAGAAGGUUUCUACCGCCGCGAGCCAUGACUUUGGCCCACUCCACCCAAUUGGCUCCGGGUGUGCCACAUGAAUGGCUAUGUGAUGGCAAAUUGUUACGUCUCACAGAUGCCAUGCAUCCGGAUAAUCGCGUUCUCUUUCAAGAAGUUUGGAAAUGUGGUCAACCUGUCAUGAUCUCAGAAGUGGCGCGUUCAUUGAAUCUUUCUCUGUGGCAUCCUCAGGCAUUCUGUGCGGAUUUCGGUGAAAAGCCAAAUGAUCUCAUUAAUUGCCUGAGUGGCAAUUUGGUACCCAAUCAGCCGAUGAAACAUUUCUGGGAGGGAUUCCAGUGUAUGAAUAAACGCCUGCUCGAUGCCAAUGGAAAACCUAUGCUAUUGAAAUUGAAAGAUUGGCCACCCGGUGAUGAUUUCGCUGAGAUAUUGCCAACGCGAUUCGCAGAUCUCAUGAAGGGUUUGCCAAUGCCGGAAUAUACCCUAAGAUCGGGUAAUUUGAAUAUUGCCAGUUGUUUGCCCAAAAUGUUUGUGCCUCCCGAUUUGGGGCCAAAGAUGUAUAAUGCCUAUGGAUCGGCUCUGCACCCUGAUAAGGGGACAACAAACUUACAUUUGGAUAUAUCCGAUGCUGUUAACAUAAUGGUUUAUGUUGGCAUUCCCCAAGAUGCCGAUAACAAACCCCAAUUGGCCGCCACACAAAAGGCCAUUGCUCUGGGUGGUUGCGAUUAUAUCACCAGAGCGAGAUGUCAAACUUCCGACGUUCUGCCAGGUGCCCUCUGGCAUAUAUUUCCCGCUCGGGAUGCCGAUAAAAUUCGCGAUCUACUCAAUCGGGUUACUUUGGAGAAGGGCUAUCGACUUGAACCAGACCACGAUCCCAUACACGAUCAGAAUUGGUAUCUAGAUGAUAAGUUAAGGGCACGCCUAUUCACAGAAUACGGUGUUGAGGGUCAUCCCAUUGUCCAGUGUUUGGGUGAUGCUGUUUUUAUACCCGCCGGUGCACCCCAUCAAGUACAGAAUCUUCACAAUUGCAUUAAGGUUGCCGAGGAUUUUGUGUCACCCGAGAAUAUAACACAUUGUUAUCAUUUAACCCACGAGUUUCGUCGUCUCUCCCAUUCUCAUACCAAUCAUGAGGAUAAAUUACAGAUCAAAAAUAUUAUCUAUCAUGCCAUCAAGGAUUGUUGCACCAUUCUGACACGGGCCCUGGACGAGCGCAUUGACUUGGAAAUGACCAAGCUUAAAGAAGAUUAAUUUCAACAUAACAUAUCUUACGAAACUUUGUACUUAUGCAACAAUUUAAUUAAACUUUAAUAAAACACACGAAUACUUAUAAAGCUA